AUGGCCAACACCCAGACAUUAAGGGAGCUGGCUACCCCAGACCUGACUCAUCAGCCCUUGUGCAUCACGUUCCCAACUCUGGCUGAAAAUACCUCUUUCGAGCUGAAAUCGGGGUUGAUUCAGCUCCUGCCUUCGUUCCAUGGUCUCUCUGGCGAAGAACCCCACAAACAUGUCAAGGAAUUCGAAAUAGUUUGCUCUAGCAUGAAGCCUCCUGGGGUCACUGAGGAGCAAAUAAGACUGAGAGCCUUCCCCUUCUCUCUCAAGGAUGCAGCGAAGGAUUGUUUGAGGAAGGAGAUUUGCAGCAUCAAGCAGUACUCCGGGGAGUCAUUGUACGAUUUUUGGGAAAGGUUCAACAAGUUGUGCGCUAGAUGCCCACAGCAUCAGAUUAGUGAACAACUGUUGAUCCAGUACUUCUAUGAGGGACUCCAGUCAACUGACAGGAGUAUUAUUGACGCUGCGAGUGGAGGAGCCCUGGCGAACAAGACACCGAGGGAAGCAUGGGACCUUAUUGAAGCCAUGGCAGAAAACUCUCAGCAGUUCGGCUUCCGUGAGAGCAAUCCUACCCGUAGAAUCAAUGAGGCAGAGACGUCAUCCAUCCAGCAGCAACUGUCAGAGUUGACGUCUGCUGUCAGGCAAUUGGCCAUGAGAGACACACCGCGAGCGAAGGUGUGUGGAAUCUGUACUAGCAUGGACCACUGCACGGAUUCGUGCCCCAUUCUGCAAGAGGACGGGGCGGAACAGGUAAAUAUGGCCGGAGGCGUGCCCGCGCCCCGCAGGCAGUAUGACCCGUAUUCCAACACAUACAACUCCGGUUGGAGAGACCAUCCCAAUCUAAGUUAUGGGAACAGGCAACAAGGUUCAUUCCCGAAUCGUCCACCAGGAUUCCACCAGCCUUGGCAACCAAAAUCUCAACCCUCAUCCUCCAAUUCAGGAAGCUCCUUGGAAGACCUAGUCAAAAGCCUGGCCACAACUACUACUCAGCUUCAUCAGGAGAUCAAAGCGGACAAGAAGGACCAAGAAGCUCGGAUAAGCCAACUGGCAACCGCUAUUAACCGUUUGGAGUCCCACGUUUAUGGGAAACUGCCAUCGCAGCCCGAGGUGAAUCCCAAGAAUGUAAGUGCUAUGACGCUGAGGAGUGGCAAGGAGCUGGAAGGGUUGGAAAAGACAAAGAGGGCAGAAAGGGAAAAGGAAAUCCUGGAUGUGUUCCGCAAAGUUCAAGUAAACAUCCCCCUAUUGGACGUGAUCAAGCAGGUACCCAAAUACGCAAAGUUCUUAAAAGACUUGUGCGUUAACAAAAGAAAGCUAAGGGGUGAUGAGAGAGUGAUUGUAGGAGAGAAUGUAUCAGCUGUACUUCAAAGGAAACUUCCACCCAAAUGCGGGGAUCCAGGACCAUUAAAAGAAACGGGGAUAAUAAUUCAAUUGACUGAUCGUACAUGUGCUUAUCCGGAUGGGAUAAUUGAGGAUGUUUUAGUGCAAUCUGUGUUUGCUAUCUAUGCCACUAAUCCCUCUGUGCAAGAAUUUUCUAAGUUUGCUUGUAGGGGUAAAUUCAAGGUUGCUGCGAACAAGUCCUAUGGGAUGAAAGCAAUUCAUGAGGUGAAAAUGGAGAGAAAAUUUAGGGAAAAGGUUGCACUCAAUGGCCACGUGGAUCCCGGAGGAAGGAAAUUAGUAGUUAAGCGUGCCCACGCCAGGUUGUCACGCCUGAGGGGAAGGCAUUUUCGUUCAGGUUCUGCGGACUCCAUAGCAGUUAGACGUGCCCACGCCAAGUGGUCACGCCGGAGGAAAGAAACUUUCGUUCAGAUCUGCGGACUCUAUGGCAUUAGGCGUGCCCACGCCUAG